AUAGAGGAGGUAAAUACACGGAGUCUUCUCUAAUGUUAUACCCAUCACAAACCUAAAACCCUACAGCCAGCCGGAGAAGUUGCAACUGCGAACAGAACAACUUCAAAAUGCCAAAAUCCAAGAGAAAUAGACAAGUUACGCUUUCAAAGACGAAGAAAAAGGGAAGAGACCACAAAGAGACGAUAGUGAACGGAAUAAAAGAUGCUGCAGAAAAGUACGGGCACGUGUACGUGUUCUCUUUCGAGAACAUGAGGAAUCAGAAAUUCAAGGAGUUCAGGGACCAGUUGAAAUCGAGUAGCAGGUUCUUUCUCGGCUCUAACAAAGUAAUGCAAGUUGCUUUAGGUCGCUCUGCUUCGGAUGAGAUCAGACCCGGCCUUCAUAAGGUUUCAAAGCUAUUGCGUGGAGAUUCUGGGAUGGUUUUCACCAAUUUGUCAAAGGAAGAAGUUGAAAGGCUGUUUAAAGAAUUUGAGGAGUAUGACUUUGCAAGAACAGGAAGCAAUGCCACUGAAAAGGUGGAUCUCAAAGAGGGUCCAUUAGAGCAAUUCACCCAUGAGAUGGAACCUUUUCUCAGGAAGCAAGGCAUGCCUGUUCGGUUAAAUAAAGGAGUUGUGGAGCUUGUUUCGGAUUUUGUUGUUUGUGAGGAAGGAAAGCCUUUGUCACCCGAGGCUUCUCGUAUACUGCGUUUAAUGGGAAUCAAGAUGGCUACAUUUCGACUUAGCUUAAUUUGCAGAUGGAGUCCCGAUGAGUUUGAACUUUACAUCGAUGGACCAGAUGAAUCAGAUAUCGAAUGCUCGUAGGACCUCUUUUAAAACGUAGAAGAUUCUGGAGCCCCAUCCUCCAAAGAAAAAAGAUUACACAAGAUAUGACUGACGCAUAUGUAAUUUACAUCUUCAGUGCUAUAGACUGUGUAGCGUUUUUUGGAUUAUGUAUUCUUAGAAGAGUUGAUUUGUGGAAAUGCAGAGAGAUUUCUGUGAACUAGGCCAAGCUGUAACUUUAUAAAAAGUUCAAAUUACUGUGAUACAAUUUUGAUUGGCUUAGGGGUUUUUAUUUUUGCUUGUUAUAUAUAAUUUCUAUCAAUUUGGAAGAGCA